CUCCUUUUGGUCAUCAUCCCACUUUGGAGUUACUUCUUCAAUUUCACUCUUACUUCUCCUCUCCUCUCCUCUCCCUCCCCUCUUCCUCUUCCUCUCUCUCGUUCGGCCUUCCAUCCCGGUGAUCAUCCCAGCUGGUCCAUGGGGUGAGAUGUUGCUUUCGUCUUUUACUUUCACCUGGUGUGCCAUGUGAUUUGUCUCUAUCGUGAACCUUCAUCAUCAUCAUCAUUCAACAAGAUGAUUAAAAUGAAGUUGGUCAAUCUCAACCCAGCUCGUUGCUGCCUGGCAGCUCUGGUGCGAUUGCGCGCAUCGCCUCUCGAGUUCUUUGAUUACUGCUGGGACUUCACUCGCCGCUACUUCUUUGCUCUCACUUUGAUCGCCCUGUUUGGUGCGAAACUCUUGCAUCUUUACGCCCACAUCCACUCCUUACCCCCCUCCAAAUUCCUGCUGUGGGGAGUCACCUUCUUCUUCCAAGAUGUCGUCCUCGUGCUGCUGGUGCGCAUCUUGACCCAGAAACAGCCAUGGCGGUCGGUCGCCGCCAUCUCGGCCCUGAUCGUUGUUCCCUUCAGUCUGAUCAUGUCCGGAAUGACCGCCGCCAAUACCUCCUUCUAUGUCUUCACCGGCGCCGAAAUCCACUGGCGACAAGCAACCACCUUUCACCACGAUGCAGCCGCCAUGCGCACCUUGCUGACUGGCCUGACCGGCUUCCUGAUUGUGGAGGGCAUCUUGCUCACUGUCGCCUGGUUCGCCGCCGCUCCAUUGCAUCGCGCCCUUGGUGGCAUCUUGAGUAUCUUGGCACAACCUUUCAGAUGCUGUGCGAGCUGUGUGCGAGCCUGGAUCCCCAAGACCACCUCUCUGCGCGACCCGGAGCGCUACGACCACGUCUCGGAAGACGACUACCUGGACGACAAGAGCGACGACGGAUCGUCUAUUUACCUGUUGGAACCCUACGGUGCUGUCGCCCCGCCUCGACACGGGGGUCACUCACUGGCCCGUCGCUUGGCCGUCUGGAUUCCCUUCGUGGGCCUGUUCCUGCUGCGGGUAGUCCGUCCGUGGGAUCCCGCCUACAUGUUUCUGUCUGAAGCGCUCCCCGUGGCUCCGUUCCUCGGACACCAUCGGGUCUCCCCAGUGCGGGCUGAAGGGCUGCCGGGGGAUUAUGGGUGGCUGGAGGGACAGACGGCGUUGGAGCGGCCGCCGCAAUGGUCGUGGCUCCCCAAGAAGCCCCUCGCCGGCUUUGAGGACUGGAACCACUCCGACAAGUUCCAUCCCCCCCCGCUCCACUAUGAUCCCAACCGGGAUCCCCUGCAUAUUUCCAACCUGCGCAGCCCGCUCCUGGAUCCCCUGCACGACGCUCUUUCCGGCGGCAACGUCAAUAUCAAACACGUUAUCCUCUUGAAGCUCGAAAGCACCCGCGGCGACGUCUUCCCGCUGAAGAAUGGUACGUUCAUGUGGGACCGCAUCGCUGAGAGCUACCCCGACCAGAACAUCCCCAAGGACGUACGGAAGCGGAUCGCGAACCUCACUCGAACGGCGGAGUGGCUGACGGGGUUUGACGCUGGAUUCAAGCACGACAUGGUCAAGGACUAUGGGCGUCGGUCGUACGGCGGUCUUAGCGCCAGCAAUGCCUUCACCACGGGCACCUACACCCUGAAGAGCUUGGUGGGGACCCUGUGCGGUGUGACCCCGCUGGUAGCAGACUUCAACCGUGAGUACGAGAACCACAUCUAUCAGCCGUGCAUGCCACAUGUACUGGCCGCCUUAAACCAAUUGCCCGACGUGCGGGCCAACAACACCUCCACCGACUACCGCACCUGGCCAUGGCACUCCGUCUGGAUGCAGUCCGUCACGGAUAGCUAUGACAACCAGGAUAAGCUGACCCCGAAACUGGGCUACUUUGACGUGGUCACCAAGGAGAGCAUGGAGAAUCCCAAGGCGAAACACUAUCCGGUCAAGGAAAAGGAGGUCAACUACUACGGCUACCCGGACAAGGUCCUCGGAGACUACGUGCGAGACGCGAUCGACGCGGCGGAGAAGAACCACACCCGUCUGUUCCUCACGCAUCUCACCGGCACCACUCAUCACCACUGGGGGCUGCCCAACGACACGUAUGAGUCGAUCGUGGGCUCGACCAGCUCGGGACACAACAACGACCUCAACCGCUAUCUUAACACCAUCGGUUACAUCGACGAAUGGCUGGAGGAGAUUCUUGGGAUCCUCAACGAGAAGACGAUCAUCAACGAGACGUUGCUCGUGAUGGCUGGUGAUCAUGGUCUUUCCCUCCCCAACGACGGCGGGGUCACCCCCUACGACAAUCCCCAUGUGGGCAGCUUCCACGUCCCGCUUCUCUUCGCCCAUCCGCAUCUCCCCCAAGUCGAGGUGACCACCCCCGUGAUCUCCCAACAAAUCCUCCCCACCAUCCUGGACCUUUUGAUCCAGUCGCACUCGCUCGGUCCGGACAGCAGUCACGCGGCGCAGGAUCUUCUGUCCAUGUACGAGGGACAGUCGAUGAUCCGCCCGCAGAUCACGGAGAAGGACGGGCGCCAGAACUGGCAGUUCACCGUGAUGAACACGGGCGGUUCGUGGCUGGCCGUGCGCUCUGCCGCCCACCCAUCCUACCGCCUGGUCAUUCCGCUCGUCGACGACGUCGAAUGGCGCUUCACCGAUCUCGCGCAAGACCCGAUCGAGCUGCACCCGGUCAAGGACUUCAACCUGGUCGACCUGGCCAAGACGUUGGAGGCGGAUUACAACCCUGAGGUGGUCGACUGGGUGCGGGAUGCCGCCCAUGUCGCCGAGUGGUGGGUCACGGAGAACUGGAUGCGCUACCGCUACCGCGGCCGCGGCAAGGGCAAGGAGAAGAAAAAGGACUAGACGGCGCGUCGUUCGCUUCACAUCGUGUUUCGUCCUCACCCACGGCCUCUGAGCUUCUUAUCAGUUGAUGAGAACUCCUGUACAGUGAUCUCAUUUUCGCACCUUCUUGUACAUAUUAUCCACAUACUUGCUCUUUCUUUAGCAUGAUGAUUUGGUG